GGUCGGCCGCGGGGCGGGCGCUGUGCAUGUCGGUAGUUGCAGUUCAGGUCACCCAACCUGUCAUCCACCUUUUCCCAAGAGCUCCUCCCCAGGGGCGUGCGGCCUGGGAGCCGCGGAGCCGGCGGACUGACCGACGCGCUCGCAAGGGGCGGGCUGGAGGGCACCCCUAGGCCGUACUGAGGAGGACGCCGAGCGGACGAGAAAGGAGCGGCUUGGAGCCCGGGGCGGGAGGCGACCGGGUGCGCCUGCGCAGAAGCGCCGUCGGGGCCGGCGAGAAGUUGGGGGAGCGUCCGAGUGAGAAUGCGUGCAUUGAGGGAUGCUUUAAGAAAAGUUUUGGAAGUUCGCUCUGCUAUUUGUUGUUGGCAUUUGGUGAGGAAUUUGUCCAGUACAAAGGGGAACAUUGCAUAUUGUCCCUUUCGUGAGGAACCACAGGAGCCAUUUCCUUCAGAUUUCAGUGCCAGGAGAAGCUGUGCCACUUCUGAGCCACUGCAUAAGCUUAAGUCGUCCCAGAAGGACAAGGUCCGCCAGUUUAUGGCGUUUACGCAGGCUGGCGAAAGAACUGCUAUAUACUGUUUAACGCAGAAUGACUGGAAACUAGAGGUGGCAACAGACAACUUCUUCCAAAGCCCAGACUCAUUCUACAAAGAAUCCAUGAGAAAUUCAGUAGACAAGAAGAAGCUAGAACAACUGUAUAACAGGUACAAAGACCCACAAGAUGAAAAUAAAAUUGGAAUUGAUGGGAUUCAACAGUUUUGUGAUGAUUUAAGCCUAGAUCCUGCCAGUAUCAGUGUUUUGGUCAUAGCAUGGAAGUUCAGGGCAGCUACUCAGUGUGAAUUUAGCAAAAAGGAAUUUGUAGACGGCAUGACAGAGCUCGGGUGUGAUAGCACAGAAAAGCUAAAAGCUCUUUUGCCAAGAUUGGAACAAGAGCUUAAGGACACAGUGAAGUUUAAAGAUUUUUAUCAGUUUACCUUUACCUUUGCUAAGAACCCUGGGCAGAAAGGGUUGGCACAAUCAACAGCUGUACACGUGGACUUGCCAGAUGGGUUGCACAGGAAUCAGAUUGACUACAUAUGUGCAAAGAGACGAUGGAGUUGUUCAAUAUCAGUCAAAAAAAAAAAAACAAAAGCAGGGGCCGGCAGUGGAACAGACCAUUAAUUGCUCAUGCACAAGUUCCAGCUGAAGCUGAAUAAAAUCAAAGCAAGUCCAGGAGAGCCAAAGCACAAUCUCGAACACAUCCCACCUGAAUUUAGAGACCAUCUCAGGAAUAGAUUUAACGCAUGGAACACUAAUGACUGAAGACCAGGAGAGUAGUGGGAAGACACCAAGGACAUCAUACAUGAAGAAAGCAAAAGGUCGUUAAAAAGUCAGGAAAGAAAGAAAAGACCAAAAUGGUUGUCAGAGGGGUCUCUGAAACUUGCUUUUGAAUGUAGAGCAGUUAAAACGAAUGGUAGAAAUGAUGAAGAGCCCCGAACAGAUUUGUUUACAUAUACACACAUAAUCUUGUUUUCUGGGCCAUUUGAGAGUUGGAGCCGUGAAGCCCCUUUACCCCUGAAUACUUCAGUCUCUUACAGAACCGCAAUCCAGGUACAAUGAUCAAAUUCAGAAAGUUAACACUGAUAAAACUAAAUCAAAUCUGCAACUUAUUUAGCUCUCAUCAGUUGUCCCAAUAAUGUCUUCUAUAGCAAAAGGGAAGAUUAAGAAAAAUUCUGAUCCAUGAUCCAAUUUAGAAUCAUGUGUUGCAUUUAGUUUUCAUGUUUCUUUAAUCUUCUUUAACCUGUUACAGCUCCUCGGUUUUUAUCUUUCAUGACUGUGACAUUUUUAAAGAACAGAGGCCUUGAUUUUAUAGCCUGUCCCUCAAUUUGGAUUUACCUGAUGUUUUCUUGGGAUUAAGGUGCCUGACUUCUAACCAGAAGGUUGGUGGUUCAAAUCCAACAGUGGCCCUGAGGGAAAAAGAUGUUGCAGUCUGCUUCUGUAGAGAUUUACAGCUCUGGAAACCCUAUGGGGUCACUAUGAAUCACUGACUGCAGUGGGUUUGAUUUGGUUUGGUUCCUCAGGAUUAGGUAUGAGUGAGACAUUUUUAGCAGGAAUACCACAGUGAGAUCAUAUCAGGGACAUCUGAUGUCUGUCCAGUUACUGGUUGUCUUAGGCUGGGUUCUUUAGAGAAGCAAAACCAGUGCAGCAUGUAAGCAUAUAUAGACAGAUUUUUAUAGAGGAAAUGGCUCAGGAGAUUAGAAUCUAAAAAGUCUGAAGUUCAUGGGUCAGGCUGGAGACUUCUCCUGACUCACAUAGCUGCAAAUGCUGGCAAAUGCAAGAUCAGAAGGUCAGAUAGGAGGCCUCUGGCUCACAGGCUGUAGAGGCUGAUGGAUCCCACUAUUGGCAGAUAAGACAGCAUGUAAGCUGCUAGCUCAGGUCCCAAGAACUGGAGGUCAGAUGAAGAGGAGCUAGCCACAGGAUCCAGAGCAAGCAGAAGCCAGUGAUUCUUGCCAGAAACUCCACAUGUUGGAUGCAGGCCACACCCCCAAGGAAACACCUUUCAACUGAUUGGCCGCUCACAACAGAUCUCAUCAUGGAGGUGAUCACAUUGUAUCACAUCUCAUUAUGGAAGUGAUUAUGUAAUUAUAAAGUUGCCAGACCACUGAGGAUCAUGGCCCAGCCAAGUUGACACACAGCUUCAACCAUCAUGCUGGUGAUGUUAGCUUUGAUCAUUUGAUUAAGGUGGUGUCUGUCUAUCUGAUUUCUUCGACAAAGUUAUUAUUUGUACCCUAGUAAAAAGUAUCUGUGGGAAGAUACUUAGAGACUGUGUAAAUCCUGUUGCUCAUCGAACUUCUAUACUCUGCUUUUGACAACCAUUGAUGAUUUUUUUUUUUUUGGCUGAAUCAGUUAUUAACUAUUACAAAUGCCAAAUGGUGAUUUUUCUAAUUUAAUCAUUCCUUUUACAUUGGUUAACUGUCUGUUAUUUUAUAUAAACCCAAAGUCCAUAUCAUUGAUACUCACAGGGUACCUACUGGCUAUGAGGAGCCCUGGUGGCACAGUGGUUAAGAGUUUGGCUGCUAAGCAAAAGGUCUGCACUUUGAAUCCACUAGCCACUCCUUGGAAACCACGUGGGGCCGUUCUACUCUGUCCUUUAGGGUCGCUAUAAGUCAGAAUUGACUAGACAGCAACAGGUUUGGUUUUUUUGGUACUGGCUAUGAAUUGUCAUGCUAUAUGAUAGAAAAAAUUCAUUCAGGAAAGAAUAUCUACCUAGUAAAAAAAUACUUGGAAUUGAACUUUAAAAAGUACAUGUGAGAGAGGAAUUUGGCUACGAGUUAUUUCAGGAAGAUUUUUUGUAUGCGUGUGUAAAGAGGUCAAUAAGAAGAAGAGGCUAUUAGAAAAAUCCAAGGCUUACAAAGAGUAGAUUUGAAGAAAGGACACAAAAAAGAACAGAUAGAACUGCAAGUGGACUAAAGUAGUAGGUGGCCAACAACUUCUAUCUCAAAAGCUUUUUUUUUUUUUUUCUUUUUUAAUUAUAAAACUCAAAUACAGGCAGUCCCUGGGUUAUGUGAGAGUCAUUCCUUGCUGUGUCUUUAAGUCAAUUUUGUAGGUAAGUCGGAACAGGUGCAUGCAGUUCUUACUUAGCGUUUUCAGUGAUUUAAAAGCUGCACGUGCUGCAGGUGAAGCUGACUGUGAUCAAGAAUUUGUUGUGUGUAGGGGUUUCAAAGUGAGGGCAAGUUUACAUAACAUCAAAGGGCAGGUACGAGUUGCCAGUAUGCCGGGUGUUCGUGUUCAUAACCAGGGGACUUCCUCUACAGAAAACUACACAAAAACAAAUGUAUGUGCAUUAUUACAAGGUGGGUACCUUGUAACUACCACCCAGGUCCAGAAUGGAAGUUUGUCAGCCUCCUCAGAAGCCCCUCCACACACCCCAUUUCAAUCCCAACACCCCAGCCUCAAGAGGAGCCAUUCUACUGAUUUUUAUAGUAAUAACUUUCUUCUGUUUCGUUAUAGCUUUAUCACUCACAAGGGCAAUCUCUAGACACUAGAGAUUUUUUUUUAAUUGAAGUAUUCUUUUUAGUCUCUUUUUAUCUACAGGUUACACUCUGUCCCUUUCUUUUUCUAUAAUUUAUCUGUUGUAGAACCUGGGACAUUUGGCUUGUUGUAAUUUUCCUCAGCCUGGAUUUUGCUGGUUGUCAUAUUCAGUAAUAUUCAUGAUUUAGUUCAGCGUGUUCUUUCUUCUCUGUAUCAGUUGGCAGCUGAAUCCAAAGGCUUGCUGAGACUCACGUUUUCUCCUUUGGGCAAGACUACAGGUGGUGCUUGCUGUGUCUUUCAUCAGAAGACAUAUAAUGUGGGUUGUCUUUCCUUUUGUGAUGUUAGCAGCUAUUGCUGCUCAGUUCCUAGAUUCACUAGUGCGUUAAGAAUUGCAAAAUGAUGAUAUUCUGUCGUUUCUCCUGCUUCUCCUCUUCUAGUAUUUGAUUAUCCACUCGGUUCAUGUAGAAAAGUCUGGAUGAAGGCUUGAUUCUUUGCCUUUAGUAACCAGCUUUCAAGCUAAUGCCUUGGUUGUCUAUCAUUUGAAGAUGAUCAGUUUUUUUUUUUUUUUUUAACUAUCAUUGUGAGCUCAAAGUUUUCAGACAUUAAGCUUUUUUGUAUUACAACCGUACCUUCUGUUUUCUACACUAAGAAUCCUGGUCCUCAAGGAUACAGGUGAUGAUAGAAUUAGUAGGUCACAUAAUUAUUCAUUUACUUUAUUGCAUAUUAUACACACCACAGACUUAGAAUAAUACUACUAAUACUAUCUCCACUAAUGUAAUUACUAAGAAUUUUAAAAAAUGUUACAUGUUCUAUUCCUGCUUUUAAAAAAAGUCUGACUGUAUCUACGUCGUCUGAGCAUAGGACUAUUACUUUCUCACCUCUCUCCCUUUAACAGUCAUUUAGUCUCAGUUCUACCCGUAACUAAUGCUCAUCAUUAGUCCUCAGGUUGACAUCUCUCCGGUUAUUUUGGUUGUUUGAAACUUAUUCUCUAGUGAAUUCUCCAGGAAGUGCUCAUGGCAACAAUAUUCCCUGAGUCCUUGUAUGUUAGUUAGUUGUGCUGGAUAUGAAAUCCUUGUCUCUUCUUUUCCUUUCUUUGAAUGUCUUAAAUAUGAAACUGUAUUAGAAUAGCCUCUUCAGGAAAAUUAUUAGAUUAUUUGAUCAAAUAAUUGGAUUACUUGAAAAUUUCAAAUAGUGUACACACUGUUUUGGAAAGCUGUUUGAGGGCUUUAAAAGAAUGAAAGAAAGGGAAAAACAGCUGGGAGAACAGUUAUAUGACUACAGACCAAAAACAGAGACAUUGAUUUUACAAUUUCCAAGGUAAAUUACAUGGUCUGUCUUCUGAUUGAUCCAGUGUGAUACAACUACAGCAAAAGCCUUAGGAAAAAAGCAUGGAGAGCAGUGGCGGGAUGGCAUUAGAACAGACUUACAGAGAUUUAUCCUUUAUUUCCUUCAUGUUUGUAUAUGUGUUUAUGUGUGUUAAGAUGAUAUGUACUGUAUUACUUUUAUAUACAAAUGAUUCUUUACCUUGUACUUAACUAAUGGUCAACCUAAUAAAGAAAAUAAUUAAAACUAUUUGACUAUUUGCUUUAAUGUAAAAAAAAAAAAAAAACAGCAUAGUUUCAUGCUGUCCAGAACCUGGAGUCAGAAUUUGAGAAAGUUUUAUUUUUUUUUUAAUUUAUUUUAAAUUUUUUUAUUGUACCUUAGAUGAAGACUUACAGAACAAACUAGUUUCUCAAUAAACAGUACACAUAUUGUUUUAUGACAUUGGUUAACAACCCCAUGACAUGUCAGCACUCUCCCUUCUCAACCUUGGGUUCCCUAUUACCAGCUUUCCUGUUCCCUCCUGCCUUCUAGUGCUUGCCCCUGAGCUGGUGUGCCCCUUUAGUCUCGUUUUGUUCUAUGGGCCUGUCUAAUCUUUGGCUGAACGGUGAACCUCAGGAGUGACUUCAUUACUGAGCUGAAAGGAUAUCCAGGGGCCAUACUCUCAGGGUUUCUCCAGUCUGUGUCGGACCAGCAAGUCUGUUUUUUUGUGUGUGUGAGUUAGCAUUUUGUUCUACAUUUUUCUCCAGCUCUGUCCAAAACCCUCUAUUGUGAUCCCUGUCAGAGCAGUCAGUGGUGGUAGCCAGGCACCAUCUAGUUGUGCUGGACUCAGUCUGGUGGAGGCUGUGGUCCAUUAGUCCUUUGGACUAAUCUUUCCCUUGUAUCUUUAGUUUUCUUCAUUCUUCCUUGUUCCCAAAGGGGUGAGACCAGUGGAGUAUACUAGAUGGCUGCUCACAGGCUUUUAAGACCCAAGAGGCUACUCACCAAAGAAAUUUUGAUUUUUGAAUGAGUAAAGUGUCAUGAUAAUUAACUAAUUUUUAAUUUUUUUUUUAUCUGCCCUAAGAUCCUUUCUUGACAAAGGGAACAUCUUCUUGAUCUAAUCCUAAAUGGAGCCCUGCAAGCAUAAAAUUUAAAUAGUAGUAAUGCCUUCUUCUAAACAAUAGUUUUUUUACUCGGGAGAUAAAAUUUUUCAAGAGGUUUUUGGAAAGAGAAUACCUACUAUAAAGAUUCUUUUUAUAGCCACUGAGUAGCUAUUGGAAACCCUAGUGGCGUAGUGGUUGUGUGCUAUGGCUACUAACCAAAAGGCCGGCAGUUCGAAUCCAGGCACUCCUUGGAAACGCCAUGGGGCAGUUCUACUCUGUCUUAUAGGGUCGCUUUGAGUAGAAAUCAACUCAACAGCAACAAGUUUUUGGUUUUUGAAUAACUAUUGUUCUUUUCGUCCUGAUUUUGGUUCUCAAGUUCAGUUCUUUGGAGGGUUGUUCUUUUUAUUAUUUUGCAAAUGGCUAAAUCUAUUAGGACAGUACUAUACAUUUUCACAUAGGUAAUAUUAAGUACUAAAAAUGUAUGCAUAGAAACCAGGGGACUUUAGUAAGAAAGGUUACUAGGACCAAAAAUAUAUUAAAUACAUGACAUAAGAUUUUUUUUAUAAGACUUUAUUUUUUUUUCUACCCAGGUUAACCUCCAUUUCUCAACAUGCUUUCUGUCAUUAAGAUGAAUUGAAUGUAGAUUUCAAAUAAUGUUCUUUUUAAGUGAUAGGAUAUAGACUGAUAAGCAGGAAAAGACUAACCAUCUACUUAGCAUUAUAUUAUGGGUCUCAUAGGUAAGGUUUAGAGAGUUGUUACAAACUGUAAAACCCAAAACCCAUUGUCAAGUCAAUUCUGACUCAUAGCAACCCUACAGGACAGAGUAGAACUGCCCCAUCAGGUUUCCAAGUCUGUAAAUCUUUAUGGAAGCAGACUGCCACAUCUCUCUCCCUUGGAGCAGCUGGUAGGUUCAAACCACUGACCUUUUGGUUAGCUGAGCACAUAACCACUUUGCCACCAGGGCUCCAAUUCCAAACUAUAUGUUACUUAAAACUUUCUGAUUAUUUCUUUCCGAUUAAGACUUCAAGUAUUUAAGGUUGAGGAAGGCUGUAAUGGACCCUUUAAAUAUGUAGAGAAUAUAAGCAGUUUAUUUAGAAUUAUUACUCAUAUAUAUCUCUUUUGCUUAUCAAGUUUUAGUAAUGAUUGACCCUGGAAAUCUCAUGUUAGAGCUCCAACUUUAAUAGUUUUUUUUUUUUUCGCCCCCAGCUGGGACCAAACAAAAUCUAAAUGAAAAUAUUUUGAGAAUUGUUUAGUUGGGUAUCUUGCAUUUAAACUUACCUGAUCUUUUACCUUAAUAUAUUUAUUCAUCUGCUUUUCACAUUGGUUUAUCUGACAUACAUGCAGAAAAUGUAAUUAGAAAAUUAUUUCAAUAUAGUUCUUUUAUUGAGCACUAUUCCACAUGAUUAUAGGUUGUCAAUUUAAAAAAUAAACUUCUCAGGCCCUUUAUUUACUUGCCAUGUCAGUUAUAUAAAAAGAAAUAGAUGGAAAACUUCCAGGGAGCAGACAAUGAGGCAGUAUUCCAAAAGAUUAAGAAUUGGGGAUAAUAUUCUACUGCAGUUCUAACCCUCAGCUUUAAUACUCCAUUAAGGUGUACAUGGUCUUCAGUUUGAAUCCUAAAUCCUGUAGAUUUAUAUAGAAACUGAAAUAAUCAUAUACUGUCUUUGGUCGAGGAAAAAGUCAAGGCAUUGAGUAAUACAGAUUUAAAUAUCCUUUUAUCAGCAAAAAAUGCAUUUCCCUAUGUUCGCGUAUUUGUUUUGAUUAUGUGUUCAGAAAUUCACGAUCCUGGUAGUGCUUAUGUAAUUUCUGUCUUCACUUUUGAGUCAGAUUCUAUUUUAAUUCUUACAAUGACAACGCAGGUCUAUCUGGAAAGCAACAUCCCCCUUCCUUUCUGAAGAAGUUGUUUAACUUCUAGUUCAUUGUUUAGAAAGGGCAGUAUUCUAUUUUAUAAAACAAAUUAUAUAAAUUAAUAGUAUCAAGAUCAGUUCAGGUUUAAAGAAAGCUUAGUAUGUAUGAAAAUGAGUCUUCAAAACUGUUAGAGUAAUUAUUUACAUGUCCAAAUACCUUAAUAUACAAAUCCUUUUUAAAAGAAGUUUUCUCACAUUUAUAAAAUUAAAUUACAUACAAUUAUCAGGAACACUUCUGUGAAAAUAGCACUCAUAUUACUCUUGGGUAAGAUAGCCAAAUUCUGUUGAUCAAGUAAAAAUCAUUGUGCUAAAAAGUAGUCAUUUUUUUGUACAAUGGGAAAAGAAGUUUGGAUUUAUUUAUUAACUCUUCUUCUCUU